AUGUCUUCUCUAAUUUCCAAUAAUAAUACAUCUGCUAAUAGACGUUUGGCUGUCCAUUUGAAUCACUUGGUUCCUUCAACAACAUCACCUCUUGCUCAACAAGCAAGCAGCAGCAACAACAGCAGCAGUACUAUUGAACAACAAGUUUGUGCUGGCCAAAUCAUUCAAGCAAAUCCAACUCUUGGUUAUACUUAUCCAAACGAAGAAAAUGAUCGUUACAGCAGUAUUUCAUACAACUAUAACCAUACUUUUGAUGUCAAAAAGAUGCAAGCUUGGUUGAAUGGCAGUUUUGAUAAGAAGGCCAUGUAUAAAUUCCUUGAUAAUCCACUCUUGCUCAAGAGAUCCACAAAUAUGCCAAAGGAAGAAGCCAGAGAAUUGACUCUUCAACAAGUUGCCUUCCUCUGCAAGUCAGGUCUCUAUCGUAUUUCGGAUAUGAAAAAGACACCAGAACUCAUUCUUAACAGAUUGGAAAAUACUGGUCUCAUUGAAUCAUCAAGUAAUGUCAAGUUAGGUGUCCAAUUGGUUCUUUUCGCUGGUAGUAUCCUCAAUUUGGGUACUAAGAAGCAUCACGACAAGUAUUUGAAGGCAGCUGAAUGUAUUGAGCUUCCUGGUAUGUUUGCCAUGACUGAAAUUGAACACGGAAGUAAUGUCAGACAACUCCAAACUACUGCCACUUUUGAUGAAAAUACUAACGAAUUCAUUAUCAACACUCCAAAUAAGGGUGCUGUAAAGUGGUGGCUCGGUAAUGCUGCUUGUCACGGUGUUAUGGCUACUGUCUUUGCCAGACUCAUUUUGAAGGGUAAGGAUUAUGGUGUCCAUGCAUUCCUCUGUCCAAUCAGAGAUGCCCAAACACAUAAACUCAUGCCUGGUGUUAUUGCUGGUGACUGUGGUGACAAGAUUGGUUUGCACGGUAUUGACAAUGGCUUCUUGGAAUUUACCAAUGUUCGUGUUCCAUAUGAUAAUUUGUUGGACAGAUUUGGAGGUAUUGAUUUGAAUACCAAGAGUUACAAGUCUGACUAUGAAAAUCCAGACAGAAGAUUUGCUGCUGUUUUGGGUGAAUUGAUUACUGGUAGAGUUACCCUCAUCAGUGGUUCAAUUAAUUGCAGAAGAGCUGCCCUUAUGAUUGCUACUCGUUAUGCUAGUCAAAGAUGUCAAUUUGGUCCUGGAAAGGAUUUACCAGAACAACCAAUUCUUGACUACAAGUCACACAAGGUCAAGUUGAUGCCAAUCAUUGCCUCUGCCUAUGCCUAUGAAUUUACCAAGAGAAAGGUUAUCAAGAAGUAUUGCAGAAUGCACUUGGAAAAGGUCAGUGACGAUGAAUUACAAGAAGUUCACGCCCUUGCUGCUGGUGUUAAGGCUGUUAUCACUUGGGAUACUCAAGAAUAUUUGCAAACCCUCAGAGAAAUGUGUGGUGGUCAUGCUUACUCUGCAUAUAACCGUUUGGGUGCUGUUCGUGAUGAUCACGAUGUUUUCCAAACCUUUGAAGGUGAUAACACUGUUCUCAUCCAACAAUUGGGUGGUUUCUUGUUGAAGGAAUUCAGUAGACAAUUCACUGGUGAAAUGAUUUCUGAUUCUAUCAAUUAUAUUAGAAAGCAAGUUGGUGGUAUGCUCACAAAGAGAAAUCCAGUCAUUACUAGAUUUGCCAGUAAGAAGCACUUGAGAAAUUCUGAAUUCCAUCUCCAAGCUUUUGAAUACAGAACUGCCAAAUUGCUCCAAGAAUGUGCCAUUGAAAUUAAUGGUAGAAAGAAGAAGCAAGGCAUGUUCCAUGCUUUCAAUGAAUCUCUUCCAAAACUCAUUCGUUUGGGUAGAGCUUAUGUUGAACAAGUUGCUCUCCAAGACUUCCUCAGUGAAAUUGAAAAUAUCACUGAUUCUGAACUUAAGCGUAUUUUGAAAUUGAUGGCUGACUUGUUUGCUUUGGAUACCAUGUCUAAGAAUAUUGGUGAAUUCCUUGACCUCAUUAAGAAGAACAAGUUCUCUGCCAUCCAAAACAUGAUUGAAUGGUUGUGUGAUGAAUUAAGAGUCCAUGCUGUUUCCUUGGUCGAUGCUUUCGGUUUCCCAGACUUCCUUCUUGAUGCUCCAAUUGGUAAGAGAGAUCAUGGUAAUUAUGUUCACCACAUUCUUGAUUAUGCUCUCACUAGAAAUAAGGGUAAUGCUGAUAUUGUUGGCAAGAUGGUCACAGCCAAGAAGGUCAACAAGAAACAAGUUGUCAGAGAUGAAAGAGAAACUAACGAUGUCAUGGAAAUUGAUUUGUAAAUAUAUUGUAUAAAACAGUUUUUAUUU